UAACUCGUCAAUCAAAUAAUUGUCUAAUUGAAGAGCCACAUGCAAUCAAGAUGGAAGUCAAAAAGGAAGCAUCUCAUAUAAUUCUUCAGACAAAUAAUUAUCUUGUUGAAGAUUCACAUACAAUCAAGACGGAAGUCAAAAUGGAAACAUCUCAUUUAACUCGUCAAUCAAAUAAUUGUCUUAUUGAAGGUGAUGAAAAGUGGAAGUUAAAUGAAGCUGAUUGCAAAAGAAAAUAUCCUAUAUCAACACAAAAUUCUACAGAGAUUACUGAUGCAUACAAUCCUCCUGUUGUAAAUAGUGUUAACAUUAUACAGCAAAUAGAGUACAGAUGCAGUGAAUGUGGAAAAGAUUUUGAUAAAAAGAAAAUGUUUUUUAAUCAUAUAAGAAUUCACAGAGGAGAGAAACCAUAUAUGUGCUCUGUGUGUGGAAGGGGUUUUAAUUGUAAAUGUUAUCUCACUAUACAUGAAAGGCAACAUAAUGGAGAAAGGCCUUUUCAUUGUAUUGACUGUGGAAAAAUGUUUUGUUAG